AUGAUUCCUGUAUCUCAGCCGGGGAUCCUGCAAUUCUUCUCGAGCUACCAACGGUACCCAAAUAAGUUGGUUCAGACUUACUCUGUGUUCCCUAAUCAAGAUGAGAUGAGUGAUGUCGUUGUGCAGCCUUAUAAUUCGCUGUUAACACUGAAGAGACUAACUCAAAAUGCAGACUGUGUGGUUGUUCUUGACAACACAGCACUAAACCGGAUUGCAACAGACAGGCUUCAUAUUCAGAACCCUUCCUUUUCUCAGAUCAACCAGUUGGUGUCCACAAUCAUGUCUGCAAGUACCACCACACUCCGGUACCCAGGCUAUAUGAAUAAUGAUCUAAUUGGACUGAUUGCUUCCCUUAUUCCCACUCCAAGGCUUCAUUUUCUCAUGACUGGCUAUACUCCGCUUACGACAGAUCAAUCAGUGGCAAGUAUACGUAAAACUACAGUCCUGGAUGUCAUGCGAAGACUGUUGCAACCAAAGAAUGUGAUGGUGUCCACUGGCAGAGACAGGCAAACUAACCACUGUUAUAUUGCCAUCCUCAACAUUAUCCAAGGAGAAGUGGACCCUACUCAGGUAAGAAUAUAGAUUCAGGUUAGAACC